GGUGAUGAGCUCGCACCAGUCUUUUUCCAUUUAUUGCAUAAUUAUUUAAAACCAACAUGCAUUUGUAAUUUGUCAUUUCCACGUGUUUUUCAUGUUUUGCAGUAUUUCUUUCUACUUUUUUGGUAACCAUGGACAAUAUCAAUCAUAAAUUGGAACUAGACGAGCCCUUGUUGAAGCACAAUCCACAUAGGUUUGUAUUAUUUCCAAUUCAGCAUCCAGACUUAUGGCAUUUCUACAAGAAAGCACUAGCUUCCAUUUGGACAGUCGAAGAAGUUGACCUAAGUAAAGAUAUCAAUGACUGGAGUACUUUGACGGACAGUGAGAAAGGGUUUUUGUCAAAAGUGCUAGCCUUUUUUGCAGCCAGCGAUGGAAUUGUAGGAGAAAAUCUUGUUGAAAGAUUCUGCCAAGAAGUACAAGUACAAGAAGCAAGAUGUUUUUAUGGCUUUCAAGUGACAAUGGAGAAUAUCCACUCCGAAAUGUACAGUCUUUUGAUUGAUACUUACAUCAAGGAUAAGGAAGAAAAGAAUAAGUUAUUUAAUGCUAUUGAUACMUUCCCUUGUGUUAGUAAAAAGGCUGGAUGGUCUAUUAAGUGGAUUAAGUCRAAGACUGCUUCAUUUGGAGAAAGAAUGGUWGCAUUUGCUGCAGUUGAGGGGAUUUUCUUUUCUGGUGCAUUUGCAGCAAUAUUCUGGUUUAAAAAGCGUGGGUUAUUACCAGGAUUAACACACUCUAAUGAACUAAUCAGCAGAGAYGAAGGUCUUCACUGUGAUUUUGCAUGCUUGAUGUUCUCUAAACUUAUCAAYAAACCMACUGAAGCACGGGUUAGGGAGAUUAUUUGUGAAGCUGUUAACAUUGAAAAGGAGUUCUGGACUGAUGCCCUUCCAUGUCAUCUCCUUGGAAUGAACAGUAACCUUAUGGGUCAAUACAUUGAAUUUGUGUCUGACAGAUUGCUUGUUGCCCUUGGUUUUACAAAGGUGUACCACACAGGAAACCCAUUUACAUUUAUGGAAAACAUUUCACUUGAAGGAAAGGCUAACUUCUUUGAGAARCGAGUAGCAGAGUAUCAGAAAAAUGGUGUCAUGUGCAAGAAACAUGAGAGAUUUCAUUUYACUUUGAAUGAGCAGUUUUAAAAUGAUCUUGCACAAAGUAAUUAACUAAAAAAUGAUUUGGUAAAAGUAAUGUAUUUACGGUAGAACAAAAAACACAUUUUUGAUAUAGUAGAUCAAAAGUUAUAUCUACAUUGAUACAUUUGUAUAUCUAUAAUAGUAUAUUWCUUUGGAGUGAAAUUUAUAUUUAUUGUAAUGAACAUGUUUUGCAAAGAAUAAAA